AAAUGUGGUCCGUCAUAAUGCCCAGCAGGUACCAAUCUGAUGUGAAGGACGGUCUGGUAAUUGCCAUAAUAUUUCAAUGUCGUCGUCGCAUACAAUAUUUCCACUGCCUACAACCUGAACUAGGAGCAUGCCACCUAUAAGAACGAUAGGCAUAGAGCCAAGCCGUGGGACGGCGGAUGACAUGGGCCGGACAUAAGAUCGGCGAUAACGGUGGAAAGCGAAAACCAUCGUCGCAAACCAGUGUCUGCCCCUCCAACAGAGCAUUAUAGCGUCCUCUAAGUGUCAGUUCGAGCAGUGCUACCACUCAUCUUGUACGUCGCAUCUCUACGUGGAUCCGCCAUGCGGGAAGCACAGAUUCAACUUAGACUCGAGGAUGUGUGGAUCGGUGUGACUGAUCCGAAGAAAAGGCGCAGGUUGCAGAACAGGUUAAAUCAGAGGGCCCGAAGGCGCCGUCAGCACUUGACUAAAGCGCUACCCGAAAGAUCUGGGCCAUACUAUCCUCACGCGUGGUCUACAACGGCGUCGACGCCCUGUCAACUCGAUUUUCGAUGUUUGGAUGAACUCCGUAUCUUUGGUCCGCUUGCCGCAGACUCCCGCAGUAUCCUGCAGCAACUCGAGGCUAUGGUGCAUGUUGAGUUUGCAACUGGCUCACUACAGGCUGAUAUGCGGUUGGGCGUAACUCGGUUAAACAUCUUGCGCGCAUUGUACACCAACAUUGAUAUUCUGGGUUAUGAUGCCAGAUAUAUGGCUGCCGAUGAGGCGCUGUCAAUGUUCGCCAUGAUUGGACCACGAUGUCUAGCAACAAUCGGUCGGGAGGCUCUCCUGCCACCUGCAUUACAGCCCACAGAGAUUCAACGCACUGUACCCCAUCAUCCCUGGCUUGACCUCAUUCCCAUAUCUAGGAUGCGCGACAACCUGAUUCUAAUGGAGAAUCUGAUGGACGAUGGCCAAAUGUGUCGGGAUAUGUGCGGCUACCACUCUCAGGUACUUCGGGCGGGGCGUAGAUGUCAGACGGGGAUAGGAGAAACGGGAGUGAUUGAGAUUACCGAGACUUUCUUUCAAUUGUGGGGAUGGAGCGUCAAGGAUUGCUGGGAUUUGUUUCGUUCGACUAAUGCAUGGCGGAUGCGUCGGGGAGAGAGGCCACUCUUUGCAAUGCCUUGUGCCAGUAACUACUAG